UUAUUAGAAUGCCCACUAACAUAGCAUGAUAUAUGUAGCCAGUCUUAAGAAAAGCAAUCAUCUUGUUUUGAACCAUUAAAACUUUUAUUGGAGGUGAUAAUUAAUUAUUAGUGCUAAUUAUAUUUUAUUUGAUGGAGUUUAGAAUUAUAGCAAUAGUUUUGCUUUGUUCAUAUUUUGCUGCAAAGGUCAUAUACCAAUGGCUUAAGCCCAACUUACAUACACCACAUAAACUCCCACCUGGUCCACCAAGGUGGCCCCUUUUUGGAAACCUCCUUCAAUUAGGUUCACUUCCCCACCGUGACUUCGCCUCCUUUUGUGAGAAAUAUGGACCCUUGGUUUACCUAAAGCUCGGUAAUGUGGGUGCCAUAACCACUAAUGAUCCAGAAAUCAUACGUGAGAUCUUGGUUCGACAAGAUGAGGUUUUUGCCUCUCGCCCACAAACGCUAGCCGCAACCCACCUAGCCUAUAAUAGUGGAGAUGUGGCCUUAGCUCCAAUGGGCCCAAAAUGGAAAAGAAUGAGAAGGAUUUGCAUGGAGCACUUGCUCACAACUAAAAGGCUCGAGCUCUUCGUGAAUCAUCGGGCUGAAGAAGCCCAACAUUUGAUUCAAGAUGUAUGGGCUCGUUCCCAAGGAAAUAAGCCCAUUAACUUGAGGGAUGUGUUGGGUUCAUUUUCUAUGAACAAUGUAACUAGGAUGUUGUUGGGGAAACAAUACUUUGGAGCUGGAACGGCGGGUCCACAAGAGGCCCUAGAGUUCAUGCACAUAACACAUCAAUUGUUUUGGCUAUUAGGCUUGAUUUACCUGGGUGAUUACUUGCCAAUUUGGAGGUGGGUUGAUCCAUAUGGGUGUGAGAAGAAAAUGAGAGAGAUUGAGAAAAGGGUUGAUGAUUUUCAUAGCAGGAUAAUUGAGGAGCAUAGAAAGGCAAAGAAAAGAAGAGAAGAGUUGGGAGUAGAUGAAGGAGAAAUGGACUUUGUCGAUGUUUUGUUGACCUUGCCUGGAGAAGAUGGAAAGGAGCCCUUGGAAGAUGUGGAAAUCAAAGCUCUAAUCCAGGAUAUGAUUGCUGCAGCAACAGACACAUCAGCUGUGACAAACGAAUGGGCAAUGGCUGAAGUAAUUAAGCAUCCACGUGUCCUUCAUAAGAUCCAACAAGAACUUGACACGGUUGUAGGGCCCAACAGAAUGGUAUUAGAAUCAGACCUUCCCCAACUUAACUACUUGCGUUGCGUUGUACGAGAAACUUUCCGUAUGCAUCCAGCAGGGCCCUUCUUAAUCCCACACGAAUCACUACGUCCCACCACAAUCAAUGGCUACGACAUCCCAGAAGGGACACGUGUAUUCAUCAACACACAUGGACUAGGGCGAAACCCUAUGGUGUGGGACAACAUAGAGGAAUUCUAUCCCGAAAGACAUUGGUCGUUGGAUGGUAGCAGAGUUGAGAUCAGUCAUGGAUCUGAUUUUAAGAUACUACCGUUUAGUGCGGGAAAGAGAAGAUGUCCAGGCGCCCCACUUGGGGUGGUGUUUGUAUUAAUGGGAUUAGCUAGGCUUUUCCAUGCAUUUGAUUGGUUGCCACCUGAUGGAAUGAAGCCAGAGGAGAUUGAUACUGAGGAAGUUUAUGGGAUGACUAUGCCUAAAGCUCAACCUCUAAUGGCUUUGGCUAAACCAAGGCUUGCCCCUCAAUUCUAUUUAUGAUACAUCUUAAAUUGUUCUAUCAAUAGCUCAAUAUAAGCGUGUCUUACUUUUUUCUUGUAAACAUAUAAACAUUGGCUUGGAAUGACUCCUAUGCUAAAAAAGGUUACUCUUUUCAUUUGAAAA